CAUCAAGGAAUAUCAUGACACUCUAGAGAGGAUCAAGGACGACUUGGCCAAAGGAAUUCCAGACAACCACCCACUACUCCCCUUCCUACAUAAUGACAUCACUACCAUAUCUCACCUUAUAAAUCGGCUAAUGCCUGAAGAGAGAUCUAAAAGAUCUCUUGAUGAGAUUGGAACGGCGUGGAAAUGGCUGGCAGGUAGUCCAGACCAUGAUGACCUUAUGCUUUUGGAAAACAAAAUCAAUGAGUUAACAGACAACAGCAAUAACCAGCUAAUAAUCAACAGAGAUCUAAUAGAAAGAAUGCAGGAGAUAACGAAUGCGACAAAUAGUAUUUCAAAAAUUUUAAAGACUAGUGAGGACUUCCGUAAUACCCUCAUAUUGCAGGCAAAGUACAAAGUUGAAAUUUUAAAGGAGGAAGUAACGAAUAUUAAUUCGGCCAUUCAUUUAACAAAAUCCAACAUUGUAAACACAUUUAUUUUAUCGGAAAUAGAAAUUAGAAAAAUAGAAGAAAUGUUUAAUCAAGAUGAAAUCCCGUUUCAAAACAUUGAACAAGCUUUAAAUUUCGCACGAAUAAAAAUUGUAAACAAUAGUACUAAUAUAAUUUACAUUAUAAGCAUUCCCAAAACUGUAAAAGAAAUUUGUAAUGUCAUAACCAUAAGACCUGUAAAAAAUCAAAAUACUGUUUUAAAUCUUGAUUAUAAGAAAAUUGUAAAAUGUGAAAGAGCAACAUUUGGAAUUAAAAGUCCUUGUCAAAAAAUAAAUGGUAUUGAAUUAUGUCUAGAAUCUAAUGUAGCCAAUAUAACAAACAAUACAUGUAUUCCUAAAUUAGUAACUAAUAUCCCACAUAAUUGUUCAAUAGUAAAUGCAGAUCACAUUAAUAAUUUAGAGGAAAUAGAACCUGGAUUAAUUUUGAUAAAUAACAUAAAAGAAAAUAUUGUCAUAAAUGGAAACGAAAAAAAUGUAACAGGAACUUAUUUAAUAAGAUUUAGUAAUUCUACAAUUAGGAUAGGCAACAAAAAUUUCACCGUCGAAGAAGCUGCUUACUCCAAACCGUUGCCUGCGCUACUAAAACACUCAGCUAGAAACAACUACACCGAAGAAAUACUAUCUCUACAACUACUAAAAACGUUGCACGUGAAAAGUAAUAAAAGAAUCGAGCGUCUAAAUACUGAAUUCAAGACCAGUUUAUGUUUUAACAUCAGUCUCAUAUUAGCAUUGGUCAUCCUCCUGAUGGCAGUAAAAAUGAGGCAAAGGCGCAAAACUAGUAUGAAAAUUAUAAAAAUGACCCCACAUGAAGGAAUGUCUAGACCUCAAAUAGAAAUGACUGUGUCAGAAAGCCAAUUGGCAGCCGGCACAACAGAAUCUGUUAUCAAAACAAAACAACUAGCAAACCACAAUAUUAACUUGAAUCAACGCGGCAGUCUUUAUAAUCUGCCAUAUUUCUAAACACAUCAAUCGAGACGCUUGAUAAUUCGAGAGGGAGGAGUUAACGGCUCACCCUAAUAAACAUCAAACUAAAUAUGCAAACCAACUAGUAAACAUUCCCAUCAUUAUGCUGCGCAAGCAGUCCGACAAAUCAACAGGAAUAUGACACCAGGGCAGUCAUCCGCCACAAACACGCGCACUAAUACCAGCGCACCGCAAGUGAU